GUACGGAGUUUACUGUUUUCUGACACAGGCAAUACGAUUGUGGGAUUUUACUAACAUUGCUUGUCUUUUGAGGAAUCAGUCAUCUCUUACUGUUUCUGUUCAAAUGCGUUUUCCACCUUUGUUCCAACACGACGUCAAAACAAGCUUGUCUUGCUUCACAGGAUGUAAUCACUGAGGUUGUGCCGCCGGAUUCAUUACACAGUGUACUAGAGACGUACCCCCUGAUUAUAUGGAGCAAAUAUCACACUGUCUAAAGUCCUCCGAAGGUCAAAGCGGAAAGGAUGGGGUAUCUGAAGGUCCAGAUGAAGCACAUAGUGAUUCAGGGGACAGCAUCUUCAUCACUCAGUUACCUGUACCAGCGGCUGUGCGAAGAAAGAGACAAAGGGCCCAAGACUCUCAAUCAGAGUUCAGUUCUUCUGGAGGUACAGCAUUUUAUGAAGAUGAAACAUCGCCAUCUAAUUCUAAUACAGAACACAGUUCAUACAAACAGAAGAAGAAGAAGGAAAAGAAGAGACCACCCACAUACAGAUUCUCUUUUCUCAACAAGACCGAGGGCCAGGGUAGCGUGGCCCUGACGCCCCUGCAGAACAAAAGACUGCAUAAUUACGCCAUGAGAGGGUUUUUUAAUUGUGUUGAGCUGUUGGAGAGAGAGAGGAGAGGAGAAAAUCAGAUGUCGUCUUUGCCAACAGUUGACAUGGACAGGGAUUGCAUAACCCCAAUAUCAGAGGAAGAAGAUAAAGAAGACCGUUUGGAGGACGGAGACUUCAAAAUUGUGGGAAGGAAACAGUUUGCCGUGCCGUUAAAACCCAAGAUAUCGCGACGUUCCUGCAAUCCAAGGAAGAAUGAAGGACGACAGCAGACAAGUACAUCAAGUACUGCUGGAUGGGCGUCAAAAGAGAAACAACGGAGCACGAUAUGGAAAGUCCGGAGGAUUACACUGUCUUCAGAUAGUGAGAGCUCUGAUGAUGGAGAGGUCCUGGCUCCAACCGGAACACCAAGGAAAAAGAAAUUUCUUAAAAUAGGAAAGAAAAAUAUUAAUUUUAAUGAAAAAGAAAAAGCAGAUGAGGUGGGUAGCGACAGUGAUCCUACACUUUGUGGCUCAAGUCUGGAUGAAUACAUGGAAAAGGUCAAAGAAGCAGCUGUGGCUGAGCCUCAUGCUGAUGUUUCCCAGAGGGGGGACGCAGAGUGUGAACCCGAGAGGCCAAAUCUCCCCCGAGGUGAUGCUAAUAACGGUGCUCUGUGCAGUCAAACAAGGGUGAAGAAAAAGGGCAAAAAAGACUAUGAAAGCAUUUUAGAAAGAAGUCCAGGAGAGGCAGAGGGGCAGCGGGCGGCCCCGUCUGUGAAAGCAGCAGUCGCAGAGGGAGAUGAAGCUCCCCAUGUGUCCCAGACUGCCGAUGAGCUGGAGUCACAACGGAAGGAAAAGAGCGUGGAGGUGGAUGCUGCUGUGAGCUUUAAUGAGGAGAAGAAGAACAAGAAGAAGAAGAAGAAGAAGAAGGAAAAAAAUAUGAAUGACAAUGUGGAUAUAGAGACUGAGAUGGCCAAUGAACCUCAAUAUAAUGAUGGCAAAUCAAUUAAUAAGACUACAGAUCUACCUCCGCCAACUACAGGGCACGUUGAGGAUCUGGAGGAUUGUUUGGAAAACCCUGAAACUGCUCUGGAAACAUUAGAAUUUACCUCUGUUAAAAGAAAAAAGCACAAAAAGAAAAAGAAACGCUCAAGUUUUAAGGACAAUACUGAAGUUGGAGAAGAUGUUUGUGUAGAUGUGGACUGUUCUAGCGAUGUUAUAACUGUGACAGGAAGUACGGACUUGUUAGCUGAAAAACAGAGCAUCUCUGAGAGGGUGCAAGUCUCAUAUACUCCAGGAGAAGAGGAAACUGUUGAUAAUACACCCAAAAAGACUGAGGCCCUCGAGGAGCAAGAUGCUGAUCUGGCAAAUGAGAAGAAGAAGAAGAAGAAGGAAAAAAAUAUGAAUGACAAUGUGGAUAUAGAGACUGGGAUGGCCAAUGAACCUCAAUAUAAUGAUGGCAAAUCAAUGAAUAAGACUACAGAUCUACCUCCGCCAACAACAGGGCACGUUGAGGAUCUGGAGGAUUGUUUGGAAAACCCUGAAACUGCUCUGGAAACAUUAGAAUUUACCUCUGUUAAAAGAAAAAAGCCCAAAAAGAAAAAGAAACGCUCAAGUUUUAAAGACAAUACUGAAGUUGGAGAAGAUAUUUGUGUAGAUGUGGACUGUUCUAGCGAUGUUAUAACUGUGACAGGAAGUACGGACUUGUUAGCUAAAAAACAGAGCGUCUCUGAGAGGGUGCAAGUCUCAUAUACUCCAGGAGAAGAGGAAACUGUUGAUAAUACACCCAAAAAGACUGAGGCCCUCGAGGAGCAAGAUGCUGAUCUGGCAACUGAGAAGAAGAAGAAGAAGAAAAAGAAAAAAAAGAAAAUGAAGGAAUUGUCCGACACGACUGUGUCAGAAGCCACUGCUUCACAAAGUGAUUGUUUGGCGUCUGCACAGACAAAGUAUAAGAGGAAGACCUCUUCCUUCCUUGUUGCUGAUGAAGAGGAAAAAGCCGGUCAGACACAUGGAGAUAAACACGCUUGUCACGGCGAUGGUGCAGAAACGCCUGACGUCAGCAUCCGUCAUUUAACAACCACAUCAACAGACGUGGCAGCAGGUCUGGAGGAAAGUGGGCUGCAGAAAAAGAAGAGGUCAGCUGUAUGGGACAGUGUGGAAAGAGAGACAGGUUUUGAGGAACCACAGAAAACAAGUCCAGGGGCUCUACCUGAACCGGGGAUCGCGGAAAAAAAGAAACACAAGAGAAAUAAAAGGAAGAAGGAGAAGAAAAAACAGAAAGCUGCCCCUGAAGACACCAAAUCAGAAGAUUCCACACUGAAUACCUGUAGUUCACUUUCACCCAAGAAAAAGCGCAAACAUGGUCGCAGCUCUGAAACUUUAAUUUAUAGCAUUUUAUCUGAAGGCCAAGCGACCGCAGAAACUCUGUUUGAACACACUUUACCGUCUUCAAGUACGUUGGGAUUAGGUGAUGCGAGAGUCAAGAAGAAGAAGGAAAGCGGGGACAAUGGUGAUGAACAUUUAGCUCCACUGAAAUCCCUCACAGAGACUACCGACACAGCGGUCUAUGAAACCAAAAAAGAAAAAAGGAAAAAGCAAGGAGCUGAUUGCAGUUUCAUCUCUGCCGUACCAGACACGCCUGUUACUCAACUUGAAACCUCCUCUUCACACACUGUCAGGAAAAACAAGGUUAAAAAAGCCAAGAGGGCGCUUUAUAAUCCAAGUGAGGAGCUCUUCUCAGACUAGUAACAAGCUGAUGAUCAGAUGUGAUCAGAGCUUUCACUGUAUUUGUAAACUCAUUUUUACCUUGCAGUCUUGGAGUUACAAGUAUUGAAGUGAUGUUUUUUUAAAUAUGUACCUUACAACAAAAUAUUUUUAUGACUAUUGCUCUCUAUUGGUUUUUAGAAGAAUUUACAUAGUAUUUUGCCGUAAUUGCAUUUGUAUUUUUAUAUUUAAAAAAUAUUUUUGGACCAAAAAAUGUAAAAAAUAAUGUCAAAAGUGUGGUUUGAAACUUUGUGUCUAGUGCUGAAGGGGGACAUUUGCUGCUACGU